AGAGAGAGAAAUAGAUAAAAGAUAAGAACAGAACCUUGAAAAUGGUGGCCGUCUUCAACAAAGAUCUUUUGAGUUGGUAUUUGAUAACCCUCAAACUCAAAGAAACUGUAGAAGCUGGAAUUCAGAACUCCAAUUCUCCCACACCCACUAACACCACCACCCGAUCCAUCGAAUUCUCCGGUCAAUCAGAUCCACUUCAGAUUCAAAUCAAUCAUGAUUUCCAAAAUGUUCAUCAUCUACCUGAGAUAACCCACAAAUCACCUCCACCUGAAUCCGAAUGGAUCAUCAGCAUCAAAGACAAACUAGAUCAAGCCAACCAAGAAGAUUCAGCAGGAUCAUGGAAUAAACUCACUGUCUACAGAAUUCCUCAAUGCCUACGUAACGGCGAUGAAAAGGGUUACAUCCCUCAGAUCGUCUCCCUAGGGCCGUAUUACCAUAGCCGGAAGCGUCUUCGAUCAAUGGAGCGUCAUAAAUGGAGAGCAGUUCAUCACAUCCUUAAACGAACAAAACAGGAUAUCAAUCUUUUUCUAGAAUCCGUCAAGGAACUUGAAGAACGUGCACGCGACUGCUACGAAGGGCCGAUUGGACUCAACAGUAAUGAAUUCAUAGAGAUGAUGGUUUUAGACGGUUGUUUUAUCCUAGAACUCUUCCGUGGCGUGGCUGAAGGUUUCUCCUCAUUAGGCUACUCAAGAAGUGAUCCGAUUUUCGCUAUCCGUGGAUCGAUGCAUUCGAUUCAACGAGAUAUGAUAAUGUUGGAAAAUCAGUUACCUCUGUUCGUCCUUGACCGACUUCUCGGCCUUCAAUUCAGACAACCAGAACAGAGAGGUUUGGUAGCGGAGUUAGCAAUCCGGUUCUUCGAUCCCCUAAUGCCAACCGAUGAGCCAUUGACAAAAACCGAUAGAAACAAACUUGAAUCGUCUCUAAGAUUCAAUGACAAAUCGAUGAUUCCAUUCGAUCCAUUAUCAGAUCAAGGAGGUCUCCACUGUCUGGACGUAUUCCGUCGCAGUCUUCUCCGUAAAGGUCCAAAACCAGAGCCAAGAACAUGGAUCAAGCGAUGGUCACACACUAACCGAGCUGCGGAUAAACGACGACAACAACUAAUCCACUGCGUAACAGAGUUAAGAGAAGCAGGAAUCAAGUUUAAGAAACGAAAAACAGAUAGAUUUUGGGAUAUAAGAUUUGAAAACGGAAUACUUCGAUUACCUCGUUUGUUAAUCCACGACGGAACGAGAUCUCUAUUCUUAAACCUAAUUGCGUUCGAACAAUGUCAUUUGGAUUGUAGUAAUGAUAUAACUUCUUACGUGAUAUUCAUGGAUAAUUUGAUCGAUUCGCCGGAGGAUGUAGCGUAUUUGCAUUACUGCGGGAUAAUUGAACAUUGGCUGGGGAGUGAUGCGGAAGUGGCGGAUCUGUUCAAUCGGUUGUGUGAAGAGGUGGUUUUCGAUCUGAAUAAUAGUUAUCUAUCGGUGUUAUCGGAGCGGGUGAAUAAGUAUUAUAAUCAUCGGUGGAAUACGUGGAGAGCGAUAUUGAAACAUCGGUAUUUUGGAAAUCCAUGGACGAUCGUAUCCGUGCUUGCUGCUGUGGUUCUGCUUAUACUCACUUUUGCUCAGACCUUCUAUGGGAUUUAUGGUUAUUACACACCACAUUCAUGAUGACAGAUGAAGAAGAAGAAAGAAAAAAUAUUUUUAUUAAAGACUUCAACAAAUUAUUUGAAUUUUUUACCCAAAAUUAAAUAAAUAUCUAUAUGAGUUAUGUAAUAGUUAAAAUUGAUUGUAUUAAUAAUUUGUUUAUUUUAAUAUUUGAAAACUUGGUUUUU